GCUGGCAAUUAAAGGCUUUACCUCUGAUUUUAUUCCACAACAUUUCAUCCAAAAAAAAAAAUCACAAGAUUGUUUUUUCUUUUUUCCCCCAUCCAUUCAAGCGGAAGGAGUCUGAGUCUGGUGCAAUGGGUUUCUGUGUGCUGUGUCCACUCUUCUCACCAUAAAUGACGCCUAGCCGAUGAUUGCCACAGCCAUUGUGGUAUAUCUCCUGUGGUGACUGCAGACUCAAGAGUUUCCUUCCCUGCUGCAUCUUGAGACACAUUGAUCUCAACAUUCCCGCAAUCCUCCUGUCAGCUGACUCCUGCCCUUCUUCUUCCCUCUUUCAUUCUACUCCUGACUGUCUGCUGAAUCACUGUGAAACUCACCUGCUCACGGACCCGGAAUGGAAGACACCUACAAUAACAGGACUUCUCUGGCUAAAGGGGCCAAAGACAUGGUGAAGGAAGCCAAGCGUCAUGCGGCGAAGAAAGUCAACAAGGUGGUGGACCGCGCAACAGACGAGUACUCAUCCCAUCACAACUACAGCCGAUUCCAAGAUGAGGAGGACGAGGGUGACGAUUUCUACCGGAACCCGCCCAGGCAGGACGGAGGGGGCUACCAUGACAACGAGGAAGGGUCCAGCGAUGCCACAGAGGGCCACGACGAUGAGGAUGAGAUUUACGAGGGCGAAUACCAGGGUAUUCCCUCAGCAGGAGACAGAAAACAUAAGGAGGGCCAGGUGGCAGUGGGGCAGCCGGUGUCAGAUGCCACGAGGGACCGUAAGGAUCUGGAGCAGGAGAGACAGGCUGACGAGGAGGAGCUGGCCCAGCAAUACGAGCUCAUCAUCCAGGAGUGUGGCCACGGGAGGUUUCAAUGGCAGCUGUUCCUCGUGCUCGGGCUGGCGCUCAUGUCAGACGGAGUGGAGGUGUUUGUGGUGGGCUUCGUUCUGCCCAGUGCAGAGACAGACAUGUGUGUCCCCAACUCCAGCUCAGGAUGGUUAGGAAGCGUUGUUUACCUGGGAAUGAUGGUCGGAGCGCUCUUCUGGGGAGGGAUGUCGGACAAAGUGGGCCGCAGACAGUGUCUCCUGAUUUGCAUGUCCACAAACGGCUUCUUCGCCUUCCUGUCGUCUUUCGUCCAGGGAUACGGCCUCUUCCUCCUGUGCCGUCUUUUCGCCGGCUUCGGAAUAGGGGGCGCUGUGCCCAUCGUUUUCUCCUUCUUUGCAGAAGUGUUGUCCAGGGAGAAAAGAGGAGAACAUCUGAGCUGGUUGUGUAUGUUCUGGAUGAUUGGAGAGAUCUAUGCAUCAGCGAUGGCCUGGGCCAUUAUACCACACUAUGGCUGGAGCUUCAGCAUGGGUUCAGCAUACCAGUUCCACAGUUGGAGGGUGUUUGUGGUCGUGUGUGCCCUCCCCUGUGUGUGCGCUGUGGUGGCGCUGACGUUCAUGCCCGAAAGCCCCAGAUUCUACCUUGAGGUGGGGAAGCACGAUGAAGCCUGGAUGAUCCUCAAACAGAUCCAUGACACCAACAUGAGAGCGCGUGGGCAACCGGAGAAAGUCUUCACGGUAAACAGGAUCAAGAUUCCCAAACAGCUGGAUGAACUGGUUGAAAUGGAAUCAGAAUCUGGCAACCCAGUUUCCAGGGUUUUCUUUAGGAUGAAGGCAGAAAUGCAUGGGAUCUACCACAAUCUGAUGAAGUGCUUUAACUACCCUAUGCGAGAGAACAUGAUGCGCCUGGCCCUGGUGUGGUUAACGCUGUCAUUUGGGUAUUAUGGCCUGUCAGUCUGGUUCCCCGAUGUCAUUAAACACCUUCAGGCAGAUGACUACGCCUCCAAAGUGCAGAUCCACAACAAUGAACGCAUCGAGGACUUCACCUUCAACUUCACCCUGGAGAACCAGAUUCACAAAAAUGGCCUCUUCAUUAAUGACCGGUUCAUAAACAUGAAGCUUAGGUCCGUCACCUUCAUUGACUCCACCUUUCGUAACUGCUACUUUGAUGAUGUGACAUCCGUGGGCUCCUUUUUCCGCAACUGCACCUUCAUCGAUGCAAUCUUCUUCAACACAGAUAUCGACGAUUCCAAGUUGAUAGACGGCACAGAAGUGGUCAACAGCACGUUCACACACAACAAGACGGGAUGUCAGAUGACGUUCGAUGACGACUACAGUGCCUACUGGGUUUACUUCAUCAACUUCCUCGGGACUCUGGCUGUUCUGCCCGGCAACAUCGUGUCCGCCCUUCUUAUGGACAAGAUUGGCCGUCUGUCCAUGUUAGGUGGCUCUAUGGUGCUUUCAGGCAUCAGCUGUUUCUUCUUGUGGUUUGGCACCAGUGAGUCCAUGAUGAUCUUCAUGCUGUGCCUUUACAACGGCCUGAGCAUCUCUGCGUGGAACUCCCUGGACGUGGUCACCACUGAGUCAUUCCCAACUGUCAGAAGAGGAACAGGGUUUGGGUUCUGCAAUGCUCUUUGUAAGCUCGCCGCCGUCAUGGGGAACCUGAUUUUUGGCUCUCUUGUGGGCAUCACCAAGGCCAUUCCCAUCCUCAUGGCGUCGUCUGUGCUCGUCGGUGGAGGCCUGGUUGCACUCAGGUUACCUGACACUCGAGCAAACGUCCUCAUGUAACACCAGCUUCGUCCACUGGGGUAAAACCUGGAUAAAACCUGGGUGAAUCUGAGAGGAAGCCCAGGGAGAGUUGGGUAAGAAAUGCAAACGGCUUGGUUCAUACAUUCACACCUGCGAUCACAUUAAGUGAAGCUGGGAAACAUCCCACAUUUUCAUAGUGUAUUAGCACACGACAGAGCUGGCGGUUUGCAGUGGUUUGGACACUGGGACUUUGGUAAUGGUGUUUAGGUGUUUUUUCAGUGACUUCUUGCACCUUUUGGCCAAAAUCUUGUACUGAGUCACUGCGCGGUUAAAGCUCCAAGCUUUCAUUAUUGAUGGAGUCUUAUUAAGACGAGCCAGAUGGGGAGGAAAGUGGAAAAACAAGCUGUAAUGAGCGCAGCGAACCUGCUGUUUGACAACAUCAGGAAUAGAUGAUCAGACAGAGGAGACACGCGACGCACCAGCGUGACAGCUGGCUUCCCCGCAGGACCCCACAGUCACAGGGCUACAUGUUGUAGACGGUGCACAGACAGUCAAACAUACAUAAAUGCAUAAAAGCUACCGGUAUUUUUCACUCACUGGCCACGUUAUUAGGUACAGAGGACACAGUGUGGUCUCCUGCUACUGUAGAAGACCAUGUUCUUCAAGGUUGUAGGCAUGGCAUGUUCCUGUAAUGAGUGACAUCUGCUCGUUAAAGAUGACUUUCUGUAUUUUCUCUGACCUGAGAGAUGAUUGUGUGUGGUAAUCCCAGCAGAUUAACAGUCUGUGAAAUACUCUGAAGUCCAUAAUGUAUUGACUCGUGUGACGGGCUGAUUAGAUAUUACAUUACAUGUCAUCAGACAUGUAAUGUCCUAACCUAACCUAAUGUCCCUAACCUAAUAAAGUGGACGUUGAGUGACCACGUGCGCUUUGAAGUAGAUUGUUACUUACAUAUACCUGGACUUUUCCCACUCCACACACACAGUUGCUCAGUAUGACAUCUGCAACCUUUUCAAAGUUAAUUAUAAUAACGACAGCAACACCAAGCCCUUGCAUUUCCUACCCGGCCCAGAAUCAAAAAGGCCAUAUUGAAAAACUGUAUUUUCAUGUACCAAUAAUUGAACGUUAUGUUGAAUCUGUUCAUCUUUAUUUCCUGCUUUGCUAUUGUGGAAGUUGGAAAUGGUGAUUUUUUUUGUGUGUGUGUGUGUGUUAUUGUACAAAUGGCUCUCUGGUGAAUUCCCCCUGCUGCUUUUUCCCUCAGCUUUGUGUUGGAUCUUGCUCGUGGCGCUGACGUCCAUAAUGACACGUCAUGCCACUUCCUUUUAAGAAUUUACUGAAUGGCCUUUUUGAAAUGUGCCUCUCCUUAAGUGGAGCAGUCUGUCCAUAGUGAUGUCGUGUUCCGGUGAUAUGAGGAUCAGAAAGAAACAUGAAGAGAAAUUUAACUGAUAAGAUAAUCAUGGUGUUUUUGUGAAUAAUAUGUGUGCAAUUUCUUAUGGCAUUUUCUCGUACUAUUCGUUUUUAAUUGGACUUGUGUUCUUGUGUGAUAAGCCUCGUCUUCUUAUAAGAAAAAAAAAAAUCAGAUGUUACACAGGGCGACAGUGGAUUCAAAUAUGACUAAAUGACAUAAGAUACCAUGCAAGACCACAAAGUAAUAAUGUAAAUAACAUCGGGGGCCAAUUUGUUCCACACAUGAUGAAAAUGUCUCCUAAGGAAACAUCUGCGCUUUUUUUUUCUUCAUUAUUUUAUACAAGAAAUCGUCAGAGGAAGAAAUUGAGCUCAAAUUGUCAGAUUAUCAUUUGAUCUAACGCUUGAAAACGUGACCUUCUAUUUAGCAGUGGGACCUCAAGGCAUAUUAAUAAUCAUAGAGAUGAUGUGGAUUGGGUGAAAUUGGAACCCUUUUAUACAUGUGUACCAUUUUAAGUGACAGGUAUUGUUGUGUAUUUUUCAGUUCUUCUGUCUCUCUCUCUCUCUCUCUCUCUCUGUUAUUGCAGCGUAGAAGUAGCUUGCCCUCGCACUGCUGUCGAAAAAACUGGCUUCCAAAGUGGUACUUACUGUACAUGAACGUCUAUUUCCAUUUCACACAAAAAAACCCUAACUUUUUCUCUCGUAUUUUGAAAUACGGCUGAAAAUACACAAACCGUGCCACUCUUGUGCGGUGGAUAAUGUUCAUAUUUGUAGAGCAGAAAUGUGACUUACAAAUUCUAAUGAAAGCAAAAAAAAAACAACUUACAUGUGCCAGUAGCAAGAAUAACAGAAGAAGUGAUUUUAUUUUGGUUGAAUUUCCUGGUGUGUUUACGUUAUGUUUGAGGUAUCGCUAAUGUACUGUAUUUAUGUGCGUGUAUGCCAGAGUGUGUGUGUGUAACAGAGAUAAAGAGAGUAUUGUAUGUACCGUAUGUAUGUGUGUGUGAAUGCAUGAGUAUAAAUAUUAUGUACAUAUCACAUCUGAUAUUGGUGAUGUUCUGGGUUAAAUGUGUAAAAAAAACAAUAAAACAACAACAACUCCUUGAUUGCCUCAUGUCUCUCCUGCCGUGUCCAGGUGAUAAAUCCAUCUACUGUAUCUGUGUAUGUGUGUGUCCUUGGCUUUAAGUCAGAAGUCUCAAACUCGUUCAUGCGGCCUGCCACUUAAAGUCAAGUUAUAGUAAGUUAUUUCUGUCUGGGUUUUUUUAUAUUUAUAGAUCCAUUUUGUUUUUGGUGUGCACUAUAUCAUUCUGUAUCAAAACAAAUGCUUUUAUUUUGAAAUUCUUUUGAAAUAAUGCAGUGUUGUGAUAUAAUCUUAGCUCAUGUUAUCCACCCAGACUGAACAGUUGGGGGGUUUUUUUACCAGAAAGUUGGACUUUGUGUGCCCAGAGUUUGAGACCCCUGCUUUAAGUCCUUAUUUACCUGCUACUAUGUGUGUGUGUGUGUGUGUGCGUGCGUGUGUGUGUGCAUCAACUUGCAUGCAUGUAAGAAAACUUCUGUUGUUUUGUGGUCAACUUUGCGUUCUUACUGUAAACCCUUCCGGCGGUAAAAUGGUGGCAAUAUUAAGGUUUUUGUUGAGGGGGAAAAAUGUGAAUGUAUCACUCUUGUAGGUUCUGUUCAUCCAUAUAUGGAGGUUACUCAAAAAUGUAUGUGGAGAAUACAGUUGUGUAUAUCGUUGUAAAGGAGCUGCCAGACGUAGGAUGACUGGGCCGUAUAUUCCCAGGUCCAGUGUGUGAAGAUACUGUAUGUGAAGAAAUAUUUGCCAAAUUAAGCUCUGUGAAUAAUGAGUAAAACUGGAAAGGCAGGGAUUGCAGGCUGUGCUGCAUAUAAACAAUAAUAUAUAUACAAUAAAAGUUAUGUUCUCUA